AAAAUGCUACGUCGCGCCGAACGGAAGUAUCGACUAAAGAAGCAUAAUCGUAUUGCCCAAGGGAUACCGUAUAUCCCGCGGCAUUAUCACCGCGAUCAAUCUGAGACGCAGCCUGCCGUCAACGAAGAGAUCUCAGAGAGCAAUCAUGAGACAGCUCCUGAAAUUUGCUUCGAUUCUCCGGCGAACCCGCCGGAGUCGUCUAAAACGUGUCCGAUGAUGCUGAGAAACCGAGAAGAGGAACGAAUAUACAACGAGAUACAAUCGACGAGAUAUACCAGCGCCUCUACAAAUACUGAUCAGCACCGCUUCCAGACUGAUCCUGUAAUUUUCUUUGAUCCUCCGGAGAGCCCGCCGGAGUCGUCUAAGACGUGUCUGAUGCUGACAAACCGAGAAGGGGAACGGAUUUACAAAGCGAGAAAUACCAGUGUCUCUAUAAAUACUGAUAACCAACGCCUCCAGACUGAUCCUGUAAUUUCCUUUGAUUCUCCGGAGAGCCCGCCGGAGUCAUUUAACUCGGCGUGUUCAAUGAUGCAGGAAGAUGGAGAAAAGGAACGGAUUUACGACGAUUUAAAUCCUUUUCAUCAACGAAUAAUGACAAGUAUAAAGGACCAGCUGCUGAGCACAGUGACGGAACCGGUGCCCAUUGGCAGGAACAAGGUUACAAUAGUCGGCGUGGGUCAGGUCGGCAUGGCCUGUGCCUUCAGCAUCCUGACGAACCACGUUUCCAGCGACGUCGUUCUGAUCGACGUGAUGGCGGACAAGCUGAAAGGAGAGAUGUUGGACCUCCAACACGGCAGCACGUUCUUGAAGAACGCGAAGGUGAACGCGAGCACUGACUACGCCGCCACUCGGGAUUCCAGUCUCUGCAUCGUCACUGCCGGUGCUCGGCAAAGGGAAGGCGAGACCAGGCUAGAUCUGGUUCAGCGGAACACGGACAUCUUCAAGGGCAUCAUCCCACAGCUGGUCAAAUAUAGCCCGAACACUAUCUUGCUGAUCGUCUCGAAUCCCGUUGACAUAUUGACUUAUGUGGCCUGGAAGCUUUCCGGUUUGCCGAAGAACCGCGUGAUCGGAAGUGGUACUAAUCUUGAUUCCGCUCGCUUCCGGUUCCUGCUGUCGCAAAAGUUGAACGUUGCGCCAACUUCUUGCCACGGCUGGAUCAUCGGCGAACACGGCGACACUAGUGUGCCGGUAUGGUCGGGAGUGAACGUGGCCGGUGUCAGGCUGCGCGAUCUAAACGAAGACGUUGGAACUGACAACGAUCCCGAGAAAUGGAAUAAUUUGCACAAGCAGGUCGUCGAUAGCGCUUACGAAGUUAUCAAGCUCAAAGGAUACACAUCGUGGGCCAUUGGAUUGAGCGUUUCUCACCUGGCGUCGGCCAUUUUGCGAAACUCGAACCAGGUCCAUGCGGUGUCCACAUUAGUUACCGGGUAUCACGGUAUCGACGAAGAAGUAUUCCUCUCCCUGCCAUGCACCUUGGGUGAAGGAGGAAUCACGUUGAUCGUUCAACAAAAAUUAACAGAAAAAGAGUUCAGUUACCUGCACAAGUCGGCAUCAGCGAUGCACAAAGUACAGGAGGACUUAAAAUUCUAGGCAAUUGAUCUGCGUUUAAUGUGUUAGCGUAAUUUACAUCCGGCUAGGUAAAUCGAACGUGUUCUCAUUUCAUAAAAAUCUUCGCAUUUAGAUUUUACGAAAAUGUUCAUUCAUCGUGGCAGGACUUUUCAUUUUCAAUUAUGUUUCGACACUUAUAUUUUAUAAUAUUUCAUACUUAAUAUGUCGAGUGUAUUUUAAGGACUGAACAAUACUGCACUAAACAUUGUUGGCGUGUCUACGUGUGCGUGUGUGUAACCAUAAAAGUAUUUUACCGGUGUGUAUUCUUGUCGAGAUGAUACGUCGACUCUCGGUGAUGUAAGAAACAGUAUUCUAAUGUUAUGAUAUUUAAUACGAUACUGAUAAACCGACUGGCGAACGAGCAUCCUUCGGGAAUAAUCAAAUGUCGAUCCAAGAAUUGUUAAUUCGCAAUUUGUACAUUUUGUAAUACGACUCUACUUAAUUAUACACUGAGAAAUACUGCAACACUGCAGCAAUUAAUGCCGAUCAUUUCCGGCUGCUCUUCGCACAGAAAGCACGACAUCCCAAUGUUUCCUGUUAGUGAAUAUAUUCUAUCUUUCUUAUACAUGUUUACUAGACUAUUUUAAUAAAUUAAUGUUACAAAUG